GAGUGAGGAAGGAGCAGUGUGUUCACACUCAAGAGAGCGACACACACACACACACACAGACAGAGACAGAGGGAGCGUGUCCCUCAGUGUCUCACACAAUUACCCGGCCAGGAGCUGCUCCGCUAACUGGCUCCCCGGCUCUUGCUGCCUCCGGACGAAGAUGAGGACCAGUUUUACCCCGUCCCGGGGCUGCUCGGGGCCGCCCUGGAUAUUACCCUGGAGCCUGGUUGCGGCUCUGGGUUGCAGCUUCGCCCCGGCCCUGGAUUUGUCUCCGGCCCCAGGAGCAGGGAGAGCAGGAGGUGACUCCCGGCCGCUGAAGCUGACCAGCACUACGUUCGCACUCAGCGGGGACUCGGCUCACAACCAGGCGAUGGUCCAUUGGUCUGGCCAGAACAGCAGUGUGAUUCUAAUCCUUACAAAGUUGUAUGACUACAACCUUGGGAGCGUGACAGAAAGCUCACUUUGGAGGUCGACUGACUAUGGAACGACGUAUGAGAAACUCAAUGAUAAAGUGGGCCUGAAAACUGUGCUGAGUUACCUGUACGUCUGUCCUACCAACAAGAGGAAGAUAAUGCUUGUGAGUGAUCCAGAGAUUGAGAGCAGUGUCCUCAUCAGCUCAGAUGAAGGCGCAACCUAUCAAAAGUACCGGCAAAGCUUUCAGAUUCAAAGCAUGCUGUUUCAUCCUGAGGAAGAGGAUUGGAUCCUGGCCUGCAGCCAGGACCAAAAGAUCCAUACAUCCCAGGAGUUUGGCAACAGGUGGAAUACCGUGAGCAAGAGAGUAACUAAAGAAAGGUUUCAUUGGUCUGUGAUGGGUUUGGACAAGGACCCAGACCUCGUGCACAUUGAAGCAAGGAACACAGCUGGAUAUGCUCAAUAUAUUACCUGUAGAAUUCAGAACUGUUCAGAAGCAGCAAGCAGCAAGCCCUUUCCAGGAUAUAUAGAUCACAAUUCCUUGGUGGUCCAAGAUGACUAUGUGUUUGCUCAGGUGACGUCUGGUGGACGGGUGACUUACUACGUGUCAUAUCGAAGACAGAGCUUCACGCAAAUGAAACUCCCCAAAUAUUCAUUGCCUAAGGAUAUGCACAUUAUCAGCACCGAUGACAACCAAGUGUUUGCCGCUGUGCAAGAGUGGAACCAGAACGACACAUACAAUCUGUACGUGUCUGAUGCAAGAGGAGCUUACUUCACGAUCGCUUUAGAGAAUGUGAAAAGCAGCCGAGGCCUGGAGGGCAAUGUUAUGAUUGACCUUUAUGAGGUAGCAGGGAUAAAGGGAAUGUUCUUGGCUAAUAGAAAGGUACAAAGACAGGUUAAGACAUUCAUCACUUAUAACAAAGGACGAGACUGGCGACUGCUACAAGCUCCCAAUGUGGAUGUGAGAGGCAAUGACAUUCACUGCAUUCUGCCAUAUUGCUCUUUGAAUCUACACUUGAAUGUGGCACAGAAUCCCUAUACAUCGGGAAAUAUAGGCAGUAAGGACUCUGCACCUGGUAUCAUUGUGGCCUCAGGCAACAUCGGCUCUGAGCUCAUAACGGAUGAGGAAAGUCACACUGGAGGCAUGUUCAUCUCAUCAGAUGCAGGAAAUACCUGGAGACAGGUUUUUGACGAGGAGCACAGCGUCUUGUUUCUGGACCAGGGAGGUGCACUUGUAGCCAUUAAACACACACCCCAGCCAAUCCAACAUCUGUGGCUGAGUUUUGACGAAGGUCAGUCCUGGAGUAAAUACAGUUUUACCUCAGUUCCUCUCUUUGUAGACGGAGUUCUGGGUGAACCAGGCGACGAGACACUGGUAAUGACUGUGUUUGGUCAUGUCAGCCACCGCUCUGAUUGGCAGCUUGUUAAAGUGGAUUAUAGAUCCAUCUUCAGCAGAAGAUGCAAUGAGAAUGAUUUCCAUUCAUGGGAGCUCCACAAUCAGGGCGAGCCUUGUAUUAUGGGGGAAAUGCGAAUAUACCAGCGACGUCAGCCAGCAACUCAGUGCACUCUGGGAAAGAAGUACAGUCGGGCAGUAACAUCAGUGCCUUGUAUCUGCACAGACUCUGACUUUGAGUGUGACUAUGGAUAUGAGCGACACUCUGAUGGAAGGUGCCUACCAGCUUUCUGGUACAAUCCAUCUUUCAUGGCAAUGGAGUGUAGCACGGGGCAGAGCUACCUCAACAGCACAGGUUACAGAAAAGUUGGCUCUAACAAUUGCACUGAUGGGGUCAGAGAUCAGUACGCUGCCAAGCAGCAUCAAUGCUCUAGCCGGGCCCCAUGGGGUUUACACCUCAUCACCAGCAACGGCAGACUGGCCACUGACUCAGGACAGAACAUCACCUUCAUUGUGCAUUUAGAGGAGGGAGAUGUGCCAAGGACCAGUUUACAGAUGGAAUUUGGCGAUGGGACCGCAGUGACCUACUCUAAUCUCAGCUCAGCUGAAGCAGGAAUCAAACACAUCUACAAACACUGUGGAAUCUUUCGUGUCAUUGCUCAAGCAUGGAACAGCCUAGGAUCCACCCAAGCCCACCUCUUCCUACAUGUAACUUUGGGUCCUAUUGAGCAUGUGCACUUGACUUUACCUUAUGUUGCAAUCACCAACCAGCAAGUGAAUCUGACAGCCGUGGUGUGGCCCAGUCCCACUGGCCCACUCACCUAUUUCUGGUGGCUUGGAAACAAGACCGAGAAUAAUUUUGAACACCAAGGAACCGAGGAAUAUGCUAAUUAUAGACGAAAGUAG